CACACACACACACACACACACACACACACAAUCUCACUCUCUCUCUCUCUCCCACACACACACGCGCGCCGCUGGAGCGAUGCCGCACCCGGCCGGGGGUCGUUCUCCCGGGGAGACCCGCCCGAGCAGGCCGGCCGCGCGCUGCUGGUGAGGCCGCCGCGGUGCGAUGCGGACGGGAUGUUUGCUGGUGGAGAAGCGCAGCGGCGUUCAGCGUGAGGAGGAGCGCAGCGCGGCGCACAGUCACAGCGGGCCGGUGCAGUAAGGCAGCAUCAUGGAGGCUGGAUGCGUGGUUGCCGCGGUGAUUGAGAAUGCUGCCUCAGGACCCCAGGGAGAACCAGGAAGUAGUGACGUCCUUGAGGGUGAUGUGCUCCCAUCUGCUGACCUGGAGAAUGACGACGCCAUACCUCAAGCAAACAACAGUAAUCCUCCUGAGGAGACGCAGCGACAGGAGACAGCCACUGCCACGGCGAGGGGCGAGGACGUGACGGAGCCCCCGGCCGAGCCCCUCCUGCGCUCCUGCGUCAGCACGGCCAGCAUGAAGGUCAAGAACGUGAAGAAGCUGACGUUCCCCAGAGGUCACUUCCCCAGAUUGGCAGAGUGCGCCCAUUUCCAUUACGAGACCGUGGAUUUUGGCAACGUCCAGCUGGCCUUUGCAGAGGGGCAGAGCGACGCGCAGAGGGCCGGUCCGGACUCCAAAGAACUGGUCUUCCUGGUCCAGAUCACCUGCCAGAGUCGAAGCUGGCUGGUGAAGCGGUCCUACGAAGACUUCCGGGUUCUGGACAAACACCUGCAUCUGUGCAUCUAUGACCGGCGUUACUCUGAGCUGACUGAGCUGCCGCGACACAACGCGCUGAAGGACACGGUGGAGUCAGUCUCCACGAUGCUGGCAGCCUACCUGUCCCGCUUCUCCGCCAUCGCCGACAACAAGAUCAACUGUGGACCCGUCCUGACAUGGAUGGAGAUCGACAACAAGGGGAACCAUCUCCUGGUGUCUGAAGAAGCCUCGAUCAAUGUCCCCGCCAUCGCCGCCGCCCACGUCACCAAGCGCUACACGGCCCAGGCCACAGACGAGCUGACCUUCGAGGUGGGAGACAUCGUGUCCGUCAUCGACAUGCCGCCGAAGGAAGACACGGGCUGGUGGAGGGGCAAACAUGGCUUCCAGGUCGGCUUCUUCCCCUGCGACUGUGUCGAGCUGAUAAAUGACAAGAUUCCCCCCAGUGUUCAAAGCUCAGUGCCGAAGCCAGUGUGUAAGAAGCACGGGAAGCUGGUGACAUUCCUGAGGUCCUUCAUGAAGUCCCGGCCGCCGCCGCAGAAGCUCCGGCAGCGCGGGAUCCUGCGAGAGCGAGUGUUCGGCUGCGACCUGGGGGAGCAUCUUCACAACUCAGGACAUGAAGUCCCGCAGGUGGUUAAGAGUUGCGCCGAGUUCAUAGAGAAGCACGGAGUGGUGGACGGUAUCUACAGGCUCUCAGGGAUCUCCUCCAACAUCCAGAAACUCAGGCACGAGUUUGACUCUGAGCAGAUCCCGGACCUCGGCAGAGACGUCUUCAGGCAGGACAUCCACUCGGUCGGCUCGCUCUGCAAGCUGUACUUCAGGGAGCUGCCCAACCCGCUCCUCACCUACCAGCUCUACGACAGAUUCUCAGAGGCUGUGUCUGCAGCCACGGAUGAGGAACGGCUUGUCAAAAUCCACAAUGUCAUUCAGCAGCUGCCUCCUCCACAUUACAGGACUCUGGAGUUCCUCAUGAGACACCUCUCCUGCCUCGCCACCUUCAGCUCUACAACCAGCAUGCACACCAAGAACCUGGCCAUCGUCUGGGCUCCGAACCUCCUCAGGUCCAGGCAGAUCGAGUCGGCCUGCUUUAGCGGCACAGCAGCCUUCAUGGAGGUGCGCAUCCAGUCCGUGGUGGUGGAGUUCAUCCUGAACAACACCGAGACGCUCUUCAGUCCCAAACUCAACGCCAUCAUCAGAGACGGCACUGGGAACAACACGUUAGCCAGACCGAAGUCCCUGAUGGUCUGCUCCCCGUCCACCAAGCUGCUCUCCCUGGAGGAGGCCCAGGCUCGCACUCAGGCCCAGCUGAACUCCCCGGCCACCCCCACCUGCCUCACCCAGAGCGACUACAUCGAGGUCGGCGAGGGACCAGAAGCACUUCUGGGGAAGUUUCACACAGUCAUCGAGCUUCCGAUGGAGAGCGGCAAGCGACCCACUGCCAAGGCUAAGAAGUCUCCUGUGGGGAACUGGCUUUCAUUUUUCCACCUGGGCAAGUCGCACUCUAUGUCCAAACGUAAACUGAAGCGACACCCCAGCGAGCCAAACGAGAUAAAGAGCAUCGCACUGCCAGGCGGAAGAGGAGAUAGCGGGACUCUGCGCUCCACCAAAAGUGAAGAGUCUCUUACCUCUUUACACAAUUUUGAAGGGGAACCUCCAAGCUACCGUCCCCUCAGACCUCGUUCAACCAGUGAGGCCAUUUCUAGCGCCAGUCGAGACGACCUCCGCGGCAGCAGGACGAAGGACGAGCGCAGGACGCCGCUGAACGAGCGUCACAACGGCGCCGAUCGGUUCCGCAGGGCGCCGUGCGUUUCCCCUCCACACCCGGAGGACGAGCUGGACCUGUCGCCGCCGGCUGCAGGAAUCUCCACGCUAGACUUUGACCCCAUGUCCUAUCAGUGCAGCCCGACCUCGGCGACCCCGGGGCCACAGCGCAGCAAAGAUGACAGCAAGUGGAGGAAGAGUGCGGGAUGCUCCAGCGAGUCCGACCCCAUCUCGUCUCCCAACAACAACAUCAGUCCGCAGUCUCCAGAUAUCAGUCCAGUUCUGGAUAACACUGGGAAGAGGGUUCCCUUCAAGCAAGUCUCUCCUAAACUCAGGAAGAAAUCCUUUAAGACACAAGCAGACGUGCAGGAGAAGGGCGAAGGCUUGGCGGCGGCUGAAAAAGACACGAGAGCGUCCUUUCCACACUGCAGCCCCCUCAGCACAGCGAGCCAGGCGUCAGCCAUCACAGACCUCAGUCCCUCCACGCAGAAUCUGCCUGAUCCAGGAACAGAUAGACUUAUGAGUUCAGUAUCUGUUCUCCCUCCUCACCCUCCCCUGACGAGUGCUGCACGCAAGUUGGCUCUGGCGCUGGCUGAAUCCGCCCAGAAGGCCAGCGGCGGCUCCCAGAGAAGAAGCCACGCCCCGCUGCACCCUCUCCAGCGACAGGACACGCCUCACGCCCAGGACAGAUUACCCCGGCCCUCCGUUCUCGACCUGGAAGUGUAUCCUGAGUACUGCGGCCCCCACGUCUCCUCGGUCUCGCAGUUUCCGGCGUCAGGCCACAGCCCCGCGGAGACCCGCCGCUGCCCCCCCCCUGCUCGUUUUCUACCUUCACACCUCUGCUCAGAACCGCCACAGGUCGCUGACGGACAGGAAAGCCUUUGCAACUUCACCCCUAACGUCAGCCCGCUGGGGUCGGGCAGCUUGGACGAGGACAGCGCCGAGAGGCGGGAGUGCAGGGAGGAGCGGGGGCUCAGAGACGACGCCCAGGCAGAGCACACCUAUCAGAGCGUCGGCGUGUCGACGCCCACUCAGCCCGUCUGCUCGGCGGACAGCCCGUCCACCUCUCCCGUGUACGUCAACACGGACGCCAUCAAUGUUUUUAAUUUCCGUGCGGUUCUGGCCGAGGCCUCCAUGCCUGCCUCCAUCGAGGAGGUCUUCCCCCGGCCGCUGCAGUCUUCCACCGCUCAUCGCUACAGCCCAGAGGAGGAGAGGCCCGCGGGCGUGUUCGACGACGUCUACAGCAGUCACCGUCGCCAUCAUCUUCUCCACCGGCCUUUCCAGGCGGGACGGUCUCCGGCGCCUCACUGCCCUCGGCCCGACGCCCUGCCGCCUCACCUUUCCCCCAGAGGCCUGUACCGGCAGGCGUCCGAAGGCCGCUACAGCUCCCUGGGCCUGAGACAGCCUCUGUCGCCUCAGUACAGACGCUACCGAAGAGACGAGCACGUCCUCGGCGGGUCGCCCAGAGCGCACGGCCAGUGGCAGCGGGCGGAGGACCUCCGCGGCGUCGGCCACCCCGCCAUCCGAAGGGCUCGCUCUUUCCACGCCCCUCACGUCAGCCACUACGAGCUGACGGAGACCGAGGUCCUGCCUCCCGACACCAUGUUUUACGUGGCGCAGACGACGGGCCAGGAAGCUCCGUACCAGAGGCUGAUCCAGACCGGCCUGCAUCCUGUUCGCUCGCAGUUCGAGAACGCGCAGUUCGACUAUCACUACAACCCCUAUUCAGACAUGAAUCCAGCAGCCGGCCCGCGGUACUACGUGGACCCCAGCCGCCAGGGCGGGAUCCGGCACAGUCAGUCUUACACCGUGCGUUCCACUAGAGGCGGGCCACAGGCGGAGUACUACAACUACUCUCCACGCCACGCGCCGCCUGUGAACAGAGAGCUCUACAUCCAGAGCAGGGACACCGUCGUCUACGAGGCCAGAGACGCCGAGGUGUUUGAAAGACUCGUUUAUCAGCCAGUCAAGCAUGAGAGCAAGUCCCGACACAAAAACACAUAUCCCGUAACGUCUCCGUGUGCCAGUCCGGCCUCACCCCCCGACUCCAGGAACAGGGACAUCAUGCACACCAGAAGCAAGUCAGACCCCGGAAACGCCAACCUCCUCUCCACGGACAAGAUGGAAGGCCAGAAUGUCGUGGUGACGUCUCCGGUCUCUCCGCCGUCGCAGCACGCAGACCUCGGGGUCAGCAGGCACGAGUUUGGUCACCGCUCAAGUGCGGACUCCAGGUCGUCCAGGCGGAUUCAGAUGAAAGAGGGCUCAUCGCAGCAGCCGCCGCUCCGCAAGGUCCCGUCCCUCCCGGAGAGGGGCUGUCCCAACCUCAAGAACAGCGAGCACAACGACAGAAGCCAUACGCGAGGUCACGACCAGCAUCGAUCGCAGAUGACCAACGCUGUCAACAGCUACUCCGGCGUUGUGAAACCCAGCAUCCUCAGGAGACCUGGGCGGUCGCAGAGCACCAGAGAAAACCGCCACUACUAUCAUUACCACUCCAUCCCCUUAGAUCCCGAACAUCUGGGAUCCUUUUCCACUCAGCCCAACAGAAGGACCCAGAGCACUAAAGUCAGGCCCACACAAUAUGACCACAUGGAGGGGUAUUAUGCAGCACACAAACCUAAACCCACCAGAGCCGCUAAAGCCGCGGCAGGAUAUUUGCCUAGCCAGGGCUGCAUGUCUCCCCGCGGCCACAUGCUGCUGUCCAAGGCUCUGGGUCCGGAGGCUUUUUAUCACGCUGCACUGAGAUCAGAGGCCGGGGUCUACGACUGAUUCUGACCACGGCUUUUUAUCUGAUUCCACUUCGGGGCCAAAGGAGAACUGCACUUUAUCCUCAGCCAGACCAACAGACUGUUCAAAGUGUGCUUGUUUUAACCUUCAGGAGCCGCCGCCACGGCGCGGCGUGGGGCUGCUGCUGGGGAUCAAGCGGCGGCGGCGGCGGCAGCAGCCGAAACGGCGGUUUCAUUAUUUGCAGUGGCUUUUGGAGGGAGUUGAAAGGGAACACGUGAACCGUUUGCAGAUAUUGUCUUAAGUGUAAAUAUCUGGAAGUAACUGUAAGAAGCAUGUUUGAGAAAAAAAAAAAAACAGUUUAAAUAUUUUGUUUAACGUCUAAACAACUUGGCAAGGUAACUUAACUGGUUUUAAUGAUUUUAAAGUUUAGGAAUGUGCAUACGACGACGUUCAUUUCAAAUGUAUUAUAUUUGUAUCGAUAACACACACACACACAGCUAAAACGUGGCCAACGUACUGUACAUCUUGUUUUCUAUUCUAGUCUGACCAGACUCCAACAAGCACUUUUGAGGAUAACUGUGUAUGAAACACAUUGUCUUAACGUGGUGUACAUGAAGCCUCUUGAUAUACAGCAUAUAUAUAUAUUUUUUUCUGUGAGAAGCAGCUUGCUUUGGAUCAUCGUUUAAUGCUAAAUUAGCAGUCUGGGGGGAGGAAACGGAUGAAGACCUCAUGGUUUCUAACAUUUUGCAGUUCUCUUGAUCACUUAUUGUACAAUGCAGUCUUAAGAUAAAAACCAGUGCUCUGAUUUCUGUUCCGAUGGAAGCUACCAUCAUGGCAUGACUUAAAUGCAAACGAGCUAAUUGAGUUAAGUGGAUCAAUGUAUUUUGUAUGGCAUUGUGGUUUUUGUCACAACGAUAACAUUUCCUUUCCUCUUUAUAAGGAACUUUUAACAAUGUGGUGUUUUACCUAAAAAAAAAGAAAGAAAAAAGCUGUUGUUUUAACCACUGAACAUUCUAUUUCAAAUUUAAACAUGUAGAUGACGAUAUUCUGUUAAGACAUGUUAAAUGCGUUAUUUUAGUGAUCAAAAAUAAAGCUAUAUUAUCAAUGAA